GCAAUAUCUAUACAAUUUAAAAGUGUUUACACAGGCCCUCAUACCCGAGAUGGCUUAGAGCCCCUUGACAAGGUAUACCGUCUGAUGUAAGGUACACAUUUAUUUUGCUCUAAAACAAAUGUAAGUGAAGUUCAAGAUAGUUUUUGAAUAAUCACGGGCAUUCAAGCAUACUGUGUAUCUGCAGUACAACUUUACAUCGUCGGUAAUGGCAAACACGCAUUAUUAGUAAAAAUCAUUCAACUGAAUUCCAAAAUAAAAUGGAAUUUCGCUCCACGGAAGAUAUGUUCGAAAAUAAGAGAGCUAGUGCCAAACGUUCGUAUAUACUGUUUCUGAUUGUGACAAUGGCCGUUGGAAUUGGUAUUGGAAUACUUAUCGGGAGAUUUGCAAUUUGUGACGAAAAGACAGAAACAAAUAAUUCCGGACAGCCUUCAUUUAGCAAGGAAGCCGGUCCAAGUGUUAGUUCAGAAAUAAUAAAUGGAAUUGAUGCAGGAAAAAUCCGCCAAUAUCUGCAAGGUUUGUCCGAGCUCCCACAUCUCGCUGGAACUAAUGCCGAUUAUAAACAAGCUAAAGAGCUCCAUGACUUCUGGAAGUCGGAAGGAUUGGACGAAGCUUUCAUCGCUCCGUACGAUGUUCUGUUGUCCUAUCCCAAUACCACAGACCCGGAUGUAAUGAACAGGAUUUUUGUCUACAAUGAGAAUGACGCCGUGGAAUGGCAGUCGAAUCUCUACGAACCGAUUCUUCAUCCCAGCGAAAACAAGUCAAACGUGGUCCCGCCUUUUAACGCUUACUCUGCACCCGGGAAUGUAACAUCCUCGGAGUUGAUCUAUGUUAACUAUGGUCGUGUAGAAGAUUUCCAGUGGUUGGUAACAAACAAAUCUGUUAACUUCACGGGGAAGAUGGUCAUCGCCAGAUACGGAAAAAUCUACAGGGGAGACAAGGUUCGUCUAGCCUCGCGGUACGGCGCCUCAGGUAUCAUUUUGUACUCCGAUCCCUUAGACUACACGGAUGGUCCUAACUCCAAAGUUUACCCUGACGGUUGGUGGCUUCCAGACACGGGUACCCAGAGGGGAACCACUUUCAUGGGUAAAGGGGACCCUUUAACCCCGGGCUACCCAGCGACAGACACAGCCUACCGUGUUGAUGAAGAGAAACUGAUAGGCGAUAUUCUCCCGAACAUCCCCGUUCAUCCUAUAGGAUAUGGUGUGGCAGAGAAGCUGCUUAGUUACAUGGGAGGAGAGGAGGUUCCGGAAUCUUGGAUAGGAGGCAUUAAUACAACGUAUAGAAUUGGGGGACCUUUGAAAAAUUCAGGAUGGAAAAUCAGAAUACGAAUAUCGACUCGGAACAUGCGUAAAACAACUUACAAUGUGAUUGGUCUUAUAAGAGGAGAAAUUGAACCAGACAGAUAUGUUUUGCUUGGCAACCAUCGUGACGCCUGGGUGUUCGGGGCAAUUGAUCCUUCUAGUGGUACAGCGGUAAUGAAAGAGGUCUCCCGAGUUAUGGGAAACCUGGUUCGUGCAAAGAAAUGGCGCCCACGGCGGACGAUCAUUUUCUGUAGCUGGGGAGCAGAGGAAUAUGGAUUGAUAGGAUCUACCGAAUGGAUUGAGCAAUAUAUAAAGAAUUUGGCAGAGCGAGCGGUGGCGUACCUUAAUGUAGAUAUAGCCGUGACAGGAAAUUAUACCGUAGCUAGUGGGGCUACCCCGCUGGUACAUCAUGCUUUGAUUGAAGCCGCUAAGUCCGUGCCGAAUCCAGAUGCUGCGCGCGCAGCUCAAGGACUGAAAACUGUGUAUGACAACUGGAAAGCCAGUACCCCAAGUGAAAAAGACAACACGAAACCAAAGAUUUUCCCCCUUGGUUCCGGAAGUGAUUUUGCAUCCUUCAUACAACAAAUUGGUUUACCCAGUGUUGAUUUAUCCUACACCUUUGACAAAGAAAAAUACAAGAUUGCAUCCUAUCCUUUAUAUCACUCCAAAUACGAAACAUUUUACGCAGUGGACGAAAUAUUGGACCCUGGAUUUCAGUUUCACAAAGCAGUGGGACAGGUUUGGGCCGAAUUCGCCAGGAAUCUUGCAGAUUCUUUGAUUAUUCCAUUUGAUGUUCGAGAUUAUGCACGUACUUUGAACGAUCAUGUUAACCAACUUAAUACGUCUGAAACUGGAACUAUUCUUCGAACCAAAAUGAGUUUAGAUAAACUUUUUGAAGCUGCUGCUAAUUUCUCGAAUGAAGUUAGUUCAUUUUACAGUAUGCAACAGAAAGUGGAUAAAGCAAAACCUUAUGCGAUACGACAGAUCAAUGACCAACUGUUACAAUUAGACCGAGCGUUCACAGACCCAGCAGGUCUGCCUAAUAGGCCGCAGGCCAGACACAUUUUAUUUGCUGAGAGUAGUGUAAAUGCCUACGCUGGAAGCAGUUUCCCGGGUUUAUCAGACACAACUUUUGAAAUAAUCGGAAGUGAAAAUGAAAGUGAACGAUGGGAAAUAGUGAAAAAACAUUAUGCAGCCAUAAUAUUUGCCAUACAGUCUGCUACUUCAUCAUUACGUGAUGUAACAAGAUUCAUGCCAUCAAUGUAAUCAUAUUAGUAGACUUCAUAUUUCAUAUCAAAUGUAUAUCAUAUGCUUAUCGUAUCGUAUGCUUAAUUUUCAAAACUUACAGAGCAUUCCAGUCUCCAGAUAGCAUUUGAGAUUCCUUAAAAUUGCAUAUGUAUUUCUGAGUGAAUGAAUGCUGUUUUUCCAUAUUGAUGACUUGUUUAUGUUGCUAGUAUAUAUACGAUUUUUUUUUAGAUAUUUUUGUAAAAUAAAAUAUGAAAAAUAUUAUCUCACUUUGACAUAUCCUUGAUGUCUGAAGUAAAAGUUUUCGCAAUAACAAAGUUCAACUGUAUUUAAUUUUCAGCACAGGGAACCAGCCAUUUUAUAUAAAGCAACAUUGCAUUUGUAUUGAUGAACAAAAAUCACUAAUUAAAAACGUUUCAAUUA